GAUAACACCCAAAAACACACACAAAAACAAAUGGCUGAAACAACCACAUUCUUGUCCACCGCCAUAUCCCACCACCUCUCUCCCUCCCAAUUCCGCCUUUUCGCCCGCCACGAAACACAACAACCAUAUAACAUCACAAGAAAACCCAACUCAUCCUUUUCUUGUCAAGCCAUAAGUUCUGGGGCAGCAGCAGCAGGGGCUACUACCCCAACACCAAAAAAGAAAAAGAAUCGGUACGAAAUCGAAAACUUAACAACAUGGUUGUUAAAACAAGAACAAGCUGGUCACAUUGAUGCGGAACUGACAAUAGUAUUAUCAAGCAUUUCAUUGGCGUGUAAGCAAAUUGCAUCUUUGCUAGCAAGGUCUAGCAUUGUUAACUUGACUGGUGCUCAAGGCACUAUGAAUAUUCAAGGUGAAGAUCAAAAGAAACUAGAUGUUAUAUCCAAUGAGUUGUUCUGCAACUGCUUGAGAUCAAGUGGACGAACGGGCAUCAUAGCGUCAGAGGAAGAAGAUGUCCCCGUGGCGGUGGAGGAAACUAAUUCGGGUAACUACAUUGUUGUGUUUGAUCCUAUUGAUGGAUCUGCUAACAUUGACAUUGCCUUAACUACCGGUUCAAUAUUUGGCAUUUAUGCCCCUGAUGAACAAUGCCUUGUGGAUUAUGACAACGAUACGUUAGACCAGGCUAAAGAGAAGUGUAUUGUGAGUGUGUGCCAACCCGGAAGCAACUUAUUAGCAGCAGGAUACUGUUUGUACUCGAGCUCAGUAGUGUUCACUAUUUCAAUAGGGAACGGAGUUCAUGGAUUCACGCUUGAUCCAGCUUAUGGUGAAUUUGUUCUAACACACGAGGACAUCAAGAUACCGAAAUCAGGAAGAAUUUACUCCUUCAAUGAAGGCAACUUUGACCUUUUUGAUCCUAAAUUGCAGAACUACCUUAACCAUCUAAGGAAGCCAGGUGGACCUGCUGGAAAACCGUACUCAGGAAGGUACAUUGGGUGUCUUGUAGGUGAGAUUCACAGAAUGUUGCUAUAUGGUGGCAUCUAUGGAAAUCCUGAUAACGAGAAGGCGAAAAAUGGGAAUCUGAGGUUAUUGUAUGAAUGUGCGCCGAUGAGUUAUUUGGUUGAACAAGCAGGAGGGAAAGCCAUAGAUGGUGUUCAAAGGAUUCUUGAUAUUGAACCUAAGCAGGUUCACCAGCGAACUCCGAUAUUCAUAGGAAGCCCAGAUGAAAUCGAUAAGCUAGUGUCGUAUUUGGCUUGAAGUAUGUGGGAGUUUCAUUCAUUUUUCGUUCGUGACACUUUCUCUUGUAUUUCUGGUGACAAGAAUUUGAGAGCAGAAGGCUUCUAGUGACAAGUUACAUCAAUAAGUUCAAAUUCAAAGAAAGAAUUUAAGAUUAAUAAGUUGACACUGUCAUUGAGAUAAUUUGAAUUCAAAAUAUCUUUUUUUUUUCCAAA